AUGACGACGCCUGCAAUUCGGAUCCCCUUCACGGGCCCACUUCCCCCGGCCAUUAUAGUCCCUCGGUCAGCGGCAACCCUAGCAGGCGCAAUUGAGGCUGUAACCUCGUUCUUCACUGCCCCACCAUCCUUGAAUCUCCGGGGCGUCGAUGUGGGAAGGCAUUCCCAAACGGUCCUCCUGACCGGCGCAGGCAUCUCCGUCGAGUCAGGCCUGUCAGACUACCGCGGCGACCAGGGGACCUACCGGCGCAACAAAUCCUAUCGUCCCAUCUACUUCCACGAAUUCAUCUCCCGCCACGAGUCUCGAAAGCGAUAUUGGGCACGCAGCUUCAUCGGAUGGCCCGGCUUGGUGAAAGCAAAACCCAACGCCACGCACUGGGCCAUCAAGGGUCUCGGGGAGAAAGGGUAUAUCAGUUCCGUGGUAACUCAGAAUGUGGACUCGUUCCAUUCUCUAGCGCACUCGGAGCUGGAUACUCUCGAACUCCACGGAUACCUGCGAUCGGUCAUUUGCACCAGCUGUCGUAGUCAGCUCCCCCGAGCUGACUUCCAGGCGUCCUUGGAGAGACUCAAUCCAGCAUGGUCUGAGUUUUUGGCUCGCAUGAUGGAACAGGGCGCGCUCGACACCGAUAAUCCCGAGGAGCAACGGCGGAAAGGCCUGAAGCUGAAUCCGGAUGGUGAUGUGGAUUUGGCUGAAGCGCCUUAUUCGACUUUCCGGUACCCUUCGUGUCCGAAAUGUCUGGAAACACCUCCUAUCCUGGAAGAUGGUACGAGGGCGAAUGUCGAGGUGGAAAGUGAUGGCGCGUGGAUGUCGACGUCCAACGCUGGCAUUCUCAAACCUGCCGUAGUGAUGUUUGGAGAAAACAUUGAUCCACUAGUCAAGACGGCGGCUGAAGAAGCCAUCGAUGACGCUGGGCGGCUGCUCAUCCUGGGGAGUAGCCUGGCGACCUAUUCUGCAUGGCGCUUGGUGGAACGAGCGUACAAACGCGGCAUGCCCAUUGGGAUUAUCAAUGUGGGAGGAGUCCGGAACGAAUCCACGCUCUUUGGAAACAUUGAGUCGCCCACAUCUCAUGUUCGAUGUAGCCAUCCAUCGCAGUUGGUUCUGCCGAGUGUGGUGUCUCAACUGCCAGUCAAUCUUCUAUAG